AUGGCUCCAUCUCGCGGCAAAUGUCGUGCUGUCGACGCCCAAGUUGUCCUGAACUUGAUUCAGGAACAAGGUCUCGUUCAGCUCGUCACUCCUGGCGACAACCUUCGCUGUGCUCUGUACGCUGUUGCCAUUGGUCUCAGGUCUGAGAACUACACCGCACCGCUCAACUUCGACGAUUCUUCCACUCAGGAGAGCAUGUGCUUCGACCAGCUCCUUCACUAUAUUGUGCCGGCUGGUGAGCAGUUGCGCUUGGCCCACAAGGGAAUUGUUCCUUUGUCGAUGUUGCCCGACCUUCAAGGAUUCUUCAAUGUCGACAUGAUCUCUCACAUCAUCGCACACUACAACAGUUCGACUUUGACCAGUCCCAAGGCCAAGGUCUUUGCUAUCUCACGCGACGCCACAUAUGAGAUCAGCUCAGCUCUCCCUCCCCAUCUUGCCAAGGCUGUGAAGAGCGUGUUCAUCCACAACAUCGACAACAUGCACUGGGAAGGCUAUGGCCCACAGAGUAUUGGCAAGAUCUCACACCAUGCCGUUGCUGCUUCUCCUGAUGACAGUGCCCCUCCCCGCGACUCAGCCCCUGCCUCGACCUCACAUGGCGCCACCUCCAACGACAAGUACAAGAUUGCAGAGCUCAAAUAUCGUCAGAAGUUUGGUAUCGCUGCCGAUGUUGAACUCAACCGCGAUGAUGUCCUUCUGGUCGUCUCUAUCGACGACGGUCCUGCUGGUGUCGUCGACUCAGACGAUGAGGAAGAGGAAGAGUCGCCUCCUGUCAAGCCGCUUGAUGACACUGCCGCUGCUGCCGAUACCCCACCGAUCGUAGAUGGCAUUCAGCUCUACCCUAUGGCUGGCAAGGACGACAUCCCCGAAAAGAUCGCCAUCGUCCGUAUCCAGAAUCCCAAGGACUCCUCAGAUGACUGGGACAAGGUCAAAUCUUCACACUCGUCCCGUUGCAAGGUCAAGAUCAUGAAGCCCAACCAGAAAUGGUCCAACACCCCAUGGUACCCCAACGAGAGAUCCGCGGAUCUAGGUGUGAGCUUGACGUUCAGCAUUGAGUCUGCCGAUGGCUGCGCUCCCAGAAUUCGCCUCACUCAUGAUUUAAGACGCCCCGAGCACGCUCUCAAUAGCAAGAGUCAGCAGGUGCCUGCACACUCCGGCUCAGUUGAAUUUGCUUUCGGUCACAUCUUCAAGAAGUCUGUUGAUGAAUCCACAACUCCCAACCAGAUCUUCAACCUCAAGGUCGACUACGCACAGGAGCAUUCCAACGCUAUCAUCUCCUUUGACACCACUGGUGCCAUUGCAAACAACCUGAAGUGUUUGAUCGAUUUUCCCGAAGGCCACGACCGCGUUCGCAACUUGCGUCUCCGUGACUACGAAGUCGAGAUGACCAAGCAGUUGUGCAGCUUGACUACCAUCCCUGAAGGCAAGGUCAAGCACGUAGUCAUCAUGGUUCAGCCUCAUCCCAAGGAGAAGGACCUUCACAAGGCUGGUCAGCACAAUGCCGUUGACGACUUGCUGGACGCACUGCCUUUCGAAGGCAACGUCUCUCCAUCUCUCAAGCAGCCUAUGACCGUAUUGCCUUACGACCAGUUGCGUAACGCUAGCCACAAGCCUCGCGUUCAGCAUGGGAUGAUGCCUCAACCUUUCAAGGUCUUUGAUAAGAACCACGCUUGCAUGCCGAUGCCUCCUCGCUUCUCCUGGCAGGACGCUGACGAAGCCGCUAUUGUACUUGCCAACAGCGUCGCAGUUCAGCAUACAGAGUCGACCAUCAUCCUCUCUUCUCUGGAGCAUCGUCAGCAAAAGGUCAAGCUCUUGACCGUUGGUGAUAUGGUUUUCAUCGCUAUUACCUAUGACAGGCGCUUGACUGCUGGUCUAUCCACUGACGAGCGCAUCUCCUUCCCUGUCGGCACAAAGAUCGACUUCAGCAUUCACAAGGCUGCCUCUCAAACCGCAUCCUCUGAGACCGUCAAGCCAUACUACGCCAACGGAAAGGUCGUCAGCAACAUUUAUAAUGUUGUUUGCGAUGCCAUCGUUGCCGUCGAGAACAAGAAGGCUCAAGACUUUGUCGGCUUGACCUCUCCCAUUGCAUCUUCCAAGGUGGCUACCUCUUUCUGGGCCUCUCUGACAUCGAAGAUUGCUGACAACAGCUGCGCUGCUAUGAUCAAUGCCGUGGCCUUGACCUACGCUCGCGAGUCCUGGGUUACCAAGCAGUGGCCUGCUCUCCUCAACGACGGUGCAAAGCUUGCUUCCAGAGAUCUCCUUGACUCCAUCACUUGCAAGCUUGAACAAUACACGCAGGCACGCAACAACCUCAUGACUGCUCACAAAUGGAACACCGCUCAGCUUGCACACAUCAAUGCAUUCUUGAAGGCUCCUGGCGGCAUGGCGCCCCUUGUUGGCUCCAGUGGCUCGGGCAAGACCGAGGUGAUGGUUCAUCUGAUGCGAUUCUGCCUGAAAGUUGGCAUCAAAGUGCUCUGUAUUGGCAUGAAGCACGCCACCCUCGAUCUCGUUGUUGAGAGAUAUAAGAACAAGUUCCCCAACGAGGAGCAGCCUCUUCGCGCCUAUGCGCCUUCAACGGAAAGUAUCACCUCGACUACACGCAAGUUCAAGACGAAUUCCAUUCGACACAGAGUGAUUGAGAACUCAAAGAGAUCCGAUCUACCAUCAUUGAAGAGAAGGUUCCCUUCCGGAUCUGAAAACGGCUACCCGGUAUACGACGACGAGACUUUGUUCGACUUCCGUCAAAUCUUUAGAGACGGCCUUGUGCACUCGUCAUCUGAAAAGGAGUACUGGACCGACAAACACCUCAAGCAGUUCAAGUACACGUAUACCGUUCUUCGUGCUGAAGUCAUCCAGAACGCCAAACUGCUAGUCACUACGAUGAUCAAUGUCGGCAACGAAGAGAUCAGCAAGCACUUCAGCCGCAGAACUCCCAUCGCCAGAUUCGAUGUUGAGGCUCACGCAUGCGCUGAACAACCAUCUCUCAUCGCUUCAGCCACCUGUGAGUUCUCCAAGAACAUCUGCGUUUGGGCCAUGUACGGCGAUCUCGGAAAACGUGGUGUGUUCAACCGUACUGGACGCGGUACUGAAAACACUGUUGAUGUCUUCUACAAGCAGUCUGAUGUGUCUCUUUUCCUCAGACUGUACCACUCGGGCCAUCCGUUCGUCCGCUUAAGUACCCGGUAA